CUCAUCACUCAGGACAACGUCCAGUGUCCUCAUGCAUCCUUCCGAAAGAACCAGCUCCCAAACUCUCAUUAUUCAACUCGACAACAAUGCAACCUUCCAGCUUCCUCCUCGCGUCGUUCCUUGUGGUGCUGUCCGUGGCGACUGGCGCGUCAGCCCAAACCUGUUAUGCCCAGGGCAAAAACGUCACCGCGACGGGGUUCGUCAUGGACAACUACUGCAUCGAUUUGGGGAAGCUUAUGGACAACCCGACCGUAAAGACACUCGAGGGCCCCGAAGUGCACUCGAUUCACUGCCUCGUGGACCUCAAGCCGUGGACCACCACCAACGCCACAACCAACGCACGGACCACCACCAACGCCACAACCAACGCACGGACCACCACCAACGCCACAACCAACGCAGGGGCCACCACCAACGCCACAACAAACGCACGGACCACCAUUAACGCCACAACCAACGCACGGACCACCACCAACGCCACGACCAACGCAGGUGCCGCCACAGCCACAGCCAGAGGGACAGCCACCAACGGCACUGCCAACGUCACCAUCACCACAUAG